AUGCUAGGUUUGCUAUCGACGGGUUUAGCUGGUGGAUCUCUAAUAGCCGAGGUGCUUUUGUUGAAUGCUCGUGUUUGUGGUUUGGGAGUGAGCUCAAAGGAGUGUCAUACACCUUUAGACCAGUACAAAGAAUUGAAAGUGAUGAAUAAUUAUUUUGGAAUUGGUCUGGAUGCAAAAAUCGCCUUAGAGUUUCAUAAUAAAAGAGAAGAGUCAGAUAAGACCCGAAGCCGUUCGCGUCUUUUCAUGUGGUACGGUAUUCUGGGUGGCAAAGAAUUGAUGCAUCGAACGUAUCGUAACUUAGAUCAAAGGAUACGGCUAGAGUGUGAUGGCAAACUGAUCGAUCUUCCUUCUCUUCAAGGCAUUGUGAUAUUGAACAUUCCCUCUUAUUCUGGUGGUGCCAAUUUUUGGGGUAGCGCUAAAGAUGAUGGAUAUAAUAUACAGAGCUUUGACGAUCGAUUAUUGGAG